CUCCCUACCAUAUCACAACCUGCAAUGGCUUCAAUGUUCUGGCCAUUGGCACUAGCAAUCCUCUGCUAUCCAUUAGCUUCAAAUUCAAUCAAUGCUCAAUCCCCUGCAGGUGCACCAUCAAAUUUGGCAACUUCAACCCCAGCUGAACCCUCCAAAUUGCCAACUGCAACUUCACCUUCAGUAGCCAAACAACCACCAGUUGUGGUGGCAGCAACCCCUGCUACAACAAGGAAACCACCAGUAGCAACCUCCCCAGUUUCUAGCAAACAGCCAACUACAACCCCAGCUGCACCCUCUAAAUUGCCAACUACAAACCCUUCUUCACCUUCCAAAUUGCCAACAGCUACUUCACCUUCAGUAGCCAAAAAACCACCUACUGUGGCAGCAGCUCCCAUUACCUCAUGGAAACCGCCAGUAGCAACCUCUCCCACUUCUAGUAAACCACUAAUAUCUUCUCCAGUGAAAUCACCAGUACCUAAAGCAACUUCUCCAACAUCUUAUGUUCCCAAAGUUACUUCUCCAACAUCUUCUCCAAUAAAACAACCAGUUCCCAAAGCUACAUCUCCAACAUCUGCUCCAGUGAAAACACCAGUUCCUAAAGUUGCUUCUCCAUUAAAACCACCAGGUCCUAAAGUUACAACUCCAACAUCUGCUCCUGUGAAAUCACCAGUACCUAAAGCUACAACUCCAACAUCUUCUCCAGUGAAAUCACCAGUUCCAAAAGUUACUAGUCCAACCUCAGCUCCUGUGAAAUCACCAGUUCCCAAAGUUACCUCUCCAACAUCUGCUCCUGUGAAAUCACCAGUUCCUAAAGCUACAACUCCAACAUCUUCCCCUGCAAAAUUACCAGUUCCUAAAGCUACAACUCCAGCAUCUGCUCCUCUGAAACCACUUGUUCCUAAAGUUGCAACUCCAACAUCUGCUCCUGUGAAACUACCAACUCCCAAGGUUCUGCCACCAAAAUCCGCUCCACUGAAAUCACCAAUUCCAGUUCCCCCAAAACUUGCUCCUGCAAAAUUACCUGUUCCCAAGGUUACACCGGCGCGAAGCCCGAAACCCCCAGCUCCAAAACCACCACCAGUACCCCACAAAAAAGCACCAGUUGCUCCCCCACCAUUGCCACUAGCACCACCUGUAUCUCCACCACCAUUGCCAUCACCACCAGCUGCAACACCACUAUUGCCACCUCCAAAGGUAUCCCCAACACCUGCUGAAGCGCCAAAAGCACCAGCACCAGCCAAAGAAACACCAACACCUGCACCAGCACCUAAACACAAAAAGAAAGCACCAAUAGCAUCACCUGUUCCUUCACCACUAAGUUACUCACCAUCACCUGCACCGUCGCCUUUAACAGAGACACCGUCACCGGCUCCAUCACCCGAAGAUGACACGCCAGAGCCACCUCCACAUAAGCACAAGAGAAGAAAACACAAGCAGCACAAGCACAAGAAACAUCACCCACUGUCUCUAGCUCCAGAACCAACAUCCUUUGUUCACAGAAGUCCCCCAGCGCCACUCACUGAUGAUGCUCCUACAGCAGAUUCAGAAGAGACACCAUCACCAGCACCAAGUCCCAAUGAGAAUGGUGCACCAUCAUUCCAAAGGCAAGGGAGAAAGAUGCUGGCAACUAUGGGACUUGCUAUUGCCAUUUUGUUAUCAGUUGCUUGAAACUUGCAGCCGAAGCUAUAGCUGUCUGACCUGAGGACCAUGGAUUCACUCAAGUGGUUAUUUUGUUUACAAGAUUAUAAAACCAUUUCAUAAGUAUGAAAAUUUGUAAUGAAAUAUUUUGCCCAUUUAUUAUUGAUUUUUUCUUUCGUUCUUUCUCUGUGUUGUGAUCUUGGAUCAGAAAUAUUAAAGAUAAUUUUGAAUUAUUGAAAUAAUAAUCAGAAAGUGUGAAGCACAA